GCACAGCUGUCUCAGGCUUUAAAUGGUGUUUCAGAUAAAGCAAAGGAAGCUAAAGAAUUUUUGGUUCAACUGAAAAAUUUAUUGCAGCAGAUCCAGGAGAACGGGUUGGAUUAUGAAGCCUGUCUUGUUGCUCAGUGUGAUGCCUUGGUGGAUGCAUUAACACGACAGAAGGCAAAACUGCUCACAAAGGUGACCAAAGAACGUGAGCACAAGCUGAAGGUUGUUUGGGACCAAAUAAAUCACUGUACACUGAAGCUACGCCAGUCAACAGGGCUAAUGGAGUACUGUCUGGAAGUUAUCAAAGAAAAUGAUCCCUCUGGGUUUUUGCAGAUUUCAGAUGCUUUAAUCAAGCGUGUUCAGGUAUCUCAGGAACAGUGGGUCAAAGGAGCCUUGGAGCCAAAAGUGUCUGCUGAGUUUGACUUGACUCUGGAUAGCGAACCUUUACUGCAGUCGAUUCACCAGCUGGAUUUUAUUCAGAUGAAAUGUAGGGUGCCGCCCAUCCCAUUACUGCAGCUGGAGAAGUGUUGCACCAGAAACAACAGUGUGACAUUGGCCUGGAGGAUGCCACCUUUGAGCCACAACCCGGUGGAGGGUUAUAUCUUGGAACUUGAUGAUGGAGAUGGUGGCCAAUUCCGAGAAGUAUAUGUUGGCAAGGAGACCCUCUGCACCAUUGAUGGCCUUCAUUUCAACAGUACCUAUAAUGCAAGAGUCAAAGCUUUCAACUCAUCGGGAGUUGGUCCCUACAGCAAGACAGUUAUUUUACAGACGUCGGAUGUGGCGUGGUUCACCUUCGACCCCUCCUCAGCUCACAGGGACAUCGUCCUGUCAAAUGACAACCAGACUGCCACCUGCAACAGCUACGAUGACCGGGUUGUUCUUGGCACAGCAGCCUUCUCCAAGGGUGUGCACUACUGGGAAUUGCACGUGGACCGCUAUGAUAACCAUCCGGAUCCAGCCUUUGGUAUUGCCAGGAUUAACGUUGUCAAGGACAUGAUGCUAGGCAAGGAUGACAAGGCCUGGGCUAUGUAUGUUGACAACAACCGCAGCUGGUUCAUGCACUGCAAUUCUCACACCAAUCGGACUGAAGGAGGAGUUUCCAAAGGUGCCACCGUUGGUGUUCUCCUGGAUCUGAACAAGCACAACCUGACCUUUUACAUAAACGGUCAGCAGCAAGGGCCUCCAGCGUUUGAAAACGUUGAGGGUGUCUUCAUGCCUGCACUGAGCCUCAACCGAAAUGUUCAGGUGACCCUGCACACGGGACUGGAGGUGCCACAGUGCAUAAAGCAGCCCAAGUUGCCCAACAACUGA